AUGCCGGCGGAUCGCCUACUCGCGACGCUUCUGCGAUCCCUUCAGACGUAUACGGAUCAACAAGAUACCCCUCGCAUCUUAGGAACCGCUUCCUCGCUCCUUACGACCCUCGGCAAUCCUCAUAACCUCAGCUUACUUACGUCACAUCUUCUCACUGCGCCCGCGCUCUGGGAUACCCAUGAUGGAGUCCAGACCCCUUUCCGAAUCUUGUCCGUGUUCCAUUCCGCAAUAACUACGGUCAUAAACUACCAUAACGAUGUACGGCACCAUAAGGCACCAGAACUACUUCCCGGUCAAAUACCCACAGGAGGAGGUCUGUCCCUGGACGACUGGGUCCGCGCGGUUGUAUCAGGGGCGGACGAGCGCAGCCAACGAUGGAAGCAUUUGAUUGUCAUAGGAGGUUUGUUGAUUGGGAUAGGGAAUUUGGAACAACAGGGCUUGGAUUUAUACUGGGCUUCCGGCAUGAGGAGAAGAGUUGAAGGUGCUUUCGUUAAAGCCACCAAUAUGGCGCUUGUCGAAGUGCGAGAGCGCGCUGAAGCUGAAGGGUUAGGGGGCCACACUAUCGCCCUAACCCUGAAUCAUGCCUUUAGCUGCCUUUCCAAUGCGGAGCGCUCCCUAAUUGACUACGAUCGACUUCUCCCGGUUCUCAUCGGCACAGCUUAUUUCUCGAAUGAGGGGUUUCAGUCGGCCUACUUCCUAGGUGGGCUGGAUCUGGACGUUCAGACCAAGGGCGAGAGGUUGGACUGGCCUGCACAUUCUACAUCUUUCCGACAGGUUCAGGGGAUCAUGUCACGGCCUAUGGUGUCCUCUAUGGGUCCAUUGUCUCGACUGAUCGCACAUUCGGUUGAGAACGUCAGAGAUCCUUUACUUGUACAGACCAUGAUGGACGACCUAGCCAGCUUCGCAAGGGCUUUGACAACACAAUGGCGCCAGAUCAAGCUUUCUCAGAUUGACCCUGCCGACGAGCCGGCGUGCCUUACAGAGGAAGCACUGAAUAAGACGCUUCCAUUGCUGUGGAAGCUUUUGAAGGCAGCUCUAUUCGCCACUACCAUCAUCCUGCGAGGAGUUUUCACCCGCACCAUCGGUGACGGCGCACUUGCUGCGGACGCUGUCGCACCUAUCCUCGCAUCACAGGCCCUUCACACGCUUCGUCACCUCUACUUCAUCACCUCUAGACUUGGGCCGGCCUCCUUCUCACAACAUACCUUUGUCUAUCUGACGGCCAUUGAUAUACUCUCGGCCUACCCGAGGCAUGCUGAUAGGUUCCUCAAAGCGAUAGCUCCUCAACAACUUGGUCAAAUACCGCGUCACCCCCUCGACAGGAUAUUGGACUUGUACUUCCUCAACACGGCUGAGCACUUCUCCCUCGUCUUGUCCCCUACCACGAACGAGGAACUGCUGGUUGCUUCGGCCGUUCCCUAUCUAGCAUCGGGGGGGAACAACAACAUGCUCCCCAUAUUUGAGGCUGCACAUAGUGUCAUGCUCUCUGUUCUUUCUGCUCCUCAAUCGGCUGACAUCACUGCAAAGCACCUCCCAUUCUACAUCGACGCACUCUUCAGCGUCUUCCCUCAAAAUCUCUCCCCUCGUCAGUUCAGACUAGCUUUUAGGACCCUCAUGCGAGUGACCGCCCCUCCGUCCGCCCUCUCAGCCUCUCACCCCGACUUACCGGCCACAUUACUGGAACUGGUAUUCCACCGCGCUCUCCACGCGCCAACAGUAGCAUUACCGCCUGACGAAACCACGUUGGCGCUCCAAGGUUCCGAUGCGCCUCCUCCGCCUCUGUCGGAACAAGCUGUCUUAGCGCUUACCCUUCUUGAUGCCUUGCCUUACCUUUCGAUACCCCUUCUCGAGGAGUGGAUGCCUCUCUGCGCCCAGUUGCUCAAUAGGAUCGACGAUGGCAUGAUGCGGGAAGCAGUGAGAGCGAGAUUCUGGGAGGUGCUGGUUAGUGGGGAAAUGGACCCGGAGAGGAGCGGAGUCGCAGUAGCUUGGUGGACGACUAGGGGCGGGAGGGAGAUGGUUUUAUUUGGGAGAGAAGGUGGAGAAAAUGAGUCCAUGAUGAUGAGCGGCGCAUUGCCGGCGGUGGGCACGCCGCGUGAAAGUAAGCUGUGA